CCUCCCCGGAAAACAGACGGCGCCUUCAAAACCUCUCUCUCUCUCUUUUUUUCUCUCUCUCUCUCUCUCUCUCUAGUGUCUCUCUAGUGUCUGUCUUGAUUGAUAUAAGAAGCCCCAGCAGCAGCACGAGCGCAUGCGUCGGACCGAAGAGCUGCUUCCGGGAACCUGCAUUCCUCUCUCCCUUCUGGUCGUGUCUGAAUCCAGCCCUGUAAAAUUCCCAAACCACCCCCCCACCAAAACCCAACCCUCCUUUGCAUAAAGAGAGAAGAAAGAAGACACAAGGCGUUGCUCCCCCUUCUUCGUCUUCGUCUUCGUCUUCGUCUUCGUCUUUUUCUCGUUCUUGGCGCUGCAUCAGCGGCUCGCGCGGCCCGAGGUGGCCGGUUGAAUGCGCGGCGAGUGCCGCCUAAAAAACCCAAAUUUUUAUUUCCCCUCCCUUUCUCCGAUUGCUCUCGGGAUUCGCGACUGCUGUUGGGUUGGGGGGUCUGUAUUCCGUACCAAAAUCGGUUCGUUGUAUCCAACGGAGCGAAAUGAUAUCAGUGCCAAUAUAACUAUUUGUACAAGUACAUGAUAGAGAGAGAGAGAGAGAGAGGGUGCUCUCUCUUCCUUUGCAUGUGAAGGAUCUGGACUCAGAGCCAGGGGCUUUGUUCGAAAUCUGGGCACGGCAAUUUUUUGGAUAAUGGAUGCCGGAGAUCUCGGUUCGGAGAAGUCUUCUGAGACCACGCGUGAGCUUGUCGUCAUGUCGUCGAGAUUUUCAGAUGGGUCCUGCUCUCGAGAAGUUUAGUGUCGGAUGGAUUGAACUGGCUGCCCUGCUUCAAUGCAAUGUUAAAGAAAUUAGCUUCCGGGAUUUUUAUCUCUUCUCUGCUCAUUACCGUUUCAGUGGCUGAUAAUGGAUUCCCACGAUGCAAUUGCGAUGACGAGGGAAGUUUGUGGAGCGUGGAAAGCAUUCUGGAGUGCCAGAGAGUGAGCGACUUCUUGAUCGCCGUGGCCUACUUUUCCAUCCCAAUUGAAUUGCUGUAUUUUAUUAGCUGCUCGAACAUCCCGUUCAAAUGGGUCCUGUUUCAAUUCAUUGCCUUCAUUGUUCUGUGCGGAUUGACCCAUCUGAUCAAUGGGUGGACUUAUGCCCACCAUCCCUUCCAACUCAUGGUCGCACUCACCGUGUUCAAGAUUUUAACUGCUCUCGUCUCUUGUGCCACGGCGAUAACGCUCAUCACCCUCAUUCCUCUGCUUCUCAAAGUGAAGGUGAGAGAGUUCAUGUUGAAGAAGAAGGCUUGGGAUUUGGGGCGAGAGGUAGGGAUCAUAAUGAAACAGAAAGAAGCUGGUUUGCAUGUGCGGAUGCUCACACAAGAGAUUCGCAAAUCACUUGAUAGGCAUACUAUUUUGGACACGACCCUGGUCGAGCUGUCCAAGACACUGGGGUUGCAGAACUGCGCAGUUUGGAUGCCUAACAAUGGUAAAACCGAGAUGAACUUGACGCAUGAGAGGGGAAGGAAUUACUCAGGAACCUAUCACAUCCCUAUUCCGAUAACUGAUCCAGAUGUUGUUGCAAUUAAGCAGAGCGAUCAGGUGCAUAUUUUGAGACCUGACUCAGAACUCGCAACUGCAAGUAGUGUAGGGCCUGGGGAGUCCGGCCCAGUAGCCGCAAUUCGGAUGCCGAUGCUUCGUGUCUCCAACUUCAAGGGAGGGACCCCUGAACUCCAUCCAGCAUGUUAUGCGAUACUGGUCCUGGUCCUUCCGGGUGGAGAGCCACGAUCUUGGAGCAAUCAAGAACUCGAGAUUAUCAAGGUGGUGGCCGAUCAGGUGGCAGUGGCUCUCUCACAUGCAGCAAUCCUUGAGGAGUCUCAGUUAAUGAGAGAGAAACUGGAGGAGCAAAACCGGGCUCUACAGCAGGAAAAGAGGAACGCUAUGAUGGCAAGUCAGGCCCGAAGCUCAUUCCAAAAGGUCAUGAACGAUGGGCUAAAGAGGCCUAUGCACACGAUCUCAGGGUUGCUCUCGAUUAUGCAGGAUGAGAGUUUGAAUGCGGACCAAAAAAUUAUUGGAAACGCAAUGGCAAGAACCAGCGCCGUCUUGGCAAAUUUGAUAAAUGAUGUGGUGAACAUGUCAACUAAGAAUAGCGGGAGAUUUCCAUUGGAAGUAAGAUCAUUUUCUAUGCAUGACAUGAUAAGAGAAGCAGCUUGCUUGGCUAAGUGCUUGUGUAUCUACAAGGGGUUCAGUUUUGAAUUGGACAUUGAUAGGUCCUUGCCGAACAACGUAAUGGGCGAUGAAAGGAGGGUUUUUCAGGUAAUUCUGCAUAUGAUCGGUAACUUGCUGAAUGACAGUAAUCAAGGGAAAUUAGUUACCCUUCGAAUUCUUCGUGAGAAAGCCAGUGGAAGUCAGGGAAGGUAUGAUCGAGGUUGGGUGACGUGGAGGUCCGAAUCAACUGAUAGAGGUGUGCGUAUCAAAUUUGAAGUUGGAAUAAGCGACGACAUUUCUCUGUUGGAGAGGUCAGUUUCGACAAUCCAGCUUGGAGGUCGGAAAUACAACAGUGAUGGGGUUGAGGAGGGCUUCAGCUUCAGCAUCUGCAAAUGGCUAGUACAGUUGAUGCAAGGUAACAUCUGGGUAGUCCCGAACACUCAGGGCUUCGCUCAGAGCAUGACACUUGUCCUACGGUUCCCACUCCGAGAGUCCAUCUCAGUGACCAUUUCUGAACCGGGGCCAUCUCCAGAUUAUACACUCUCCAACUCAGUCUUCACAGGCUUAAAAGUAUUGCUCGUGGACUCUGACGAUGCGAACAAGGCCGUCACCCGGAAGCUUCUUGAGAAGCUAGGCUGCAAGGUGUCCACUGCCUCUUCGGGAUUCGAGUGCCUCGGCGCUCUCCGCCCCUCUGAAUCGUCUUUCCAGAUUGUCCUUUUGGAUCUUCACAUGCCCAGCUUGGACGGGUUUGAAGUGGCAAAUAAGAUUCGCCAGUUCCACAGCAGUACCAAUUGGCCAGUGAUUGUCGCCUUGACCACUAGCGGUGACGAUAUUUGGGAACGAUGUUUGCAGGUCGGAAUCAACGGAGUUAUCAGAAAACCAGUCCUCUUGCACGGAAUGGCCAACGAACUUCGGAGAGUCCUGUUGCAGCCAAGCAAGACGCUGCUAUGAAAUGUGGAUGAAGCUCCAUUCCAAGAUGUAAUGCCUCAAUGUCAAUAACUUACCCUUCCUCCUUAUUACCUACCAAGAUUUUCAACAUAUAAAAGUUGUCCUACACACAAAAGAAGGCUCAGUCAACAUUAGAAAUGUAACAUACUAGUCCUUUUUCAUGCCCUUGCUUUUUAUGCAUUUUGUAGUGAUCAGAGAUCCUUUCUAGAUUGCCAUUUUGGCAAAACAUGUCAGCUCUUCGAGAAAACUAAAUUAUUGCUUGCUAGUUUUUAAACGAUACAUGUAUGCAACUCACAUUUCAGUGAAAUAGAUAUGAACUCUUGGACCAAA